AUGGGGAAUUGCUUGAUGCAGCCGGCCAAGUUGGCUCAUGCUUCCUCUAUUACUUUUGCUUCUUCUGAAAUCGGAAAGUCUCAGGAUGAUGUCAAGCAAGAUGCCAAUAACGAUUCCAAACGGGUGCCAAUGGAAAGCCUCAACAAGUCGUUGAUAGCAUCCAAGUUCGAUGCAUCUGUUCCCAGCAGUCUCAAGGCUUUCAGCUUCAAUGAUCUAAGGAAUGCCACCAAGAACUUCAAGUCUGAAACGUUGCUUGGAGAAGGAGGUUUUGGUUGUGUCUUUAAAGGGUGGAUUGAUCAGAACACUUUCGCACCUGCUAAACCGGGAACUGGAGUUGUUGUGGCAAUCAAGAAGCUCAAGACAGAGAGCUUUCAGGGCCACAAGGAGUGGCUGACUGAAGUUCACUACCUGGGAACACUUUAUCAUGAGAAUCUAGUUAAAUUGGUGGGCUAUUGUGCUGAAUCCGAUAAUAGGCUGCUAGUUUAUGAGUUUAUGCCAAAGGGGAGCUUGGAGAACCAUUUAUUUAGAAAAGGUGUACAGCCAAUGGCUUGGGUUACAAGGAUGCAAAUUGCACUUGAUGUGGCGAGAGGAUUGUCCUUCUUACACGGAUUAAGUGCCAAUGUAAUCUAUCGUGAUCUCAAGGCAUCAAAUAUUCUACUUGAUUCGGACUUCAAUGCUAAGCUCUCUGACUUUGGCUUAGCCCGCGAUGGCCCAACUGGCGAUAACACUCAUGUUUCAACUAGAGUAGUGGGAACUCGUGGUUAUGCUGCACCAGAAUAUGUAGCUACAGGGCACUUGACUCCAAAGAGUGAUGUGUACAGCUUUGGAGUGGUGUUGUUGGAGUUGCUAUCCGGGAGAAGGGCAAUGGACGACGAUAGAGUUGGUUCGGUAGACGAGACGUUGGUGGACUGGGCGAGGCCUUUCCUGAUGGACACCAGGCGGGUCCUAAGAAUCAUGGAUACCCGAUUAGGCGGGCAGUACUCCAAGAAAGGAGCACAAGCUGCAGCUGCACUUGCACUGCAAUGCCUGCACACAGACCCUAAGUAUCGGCCUCCAAUGGUCGAGGUUAAGGCCACAUUAGAGAACCUCAACAACCCUAAGAUCGCACCAGCCACCCCUCCUACCCAAGCCAGUUACGGUUUGAAGUUGUUCCCUCUUUCAUCCCUUCUGAACUUGUUGGUCUGGGUACUACUGUCUGUGAGUUCAGUGAUGGUUGCUGGUUGA